CAUUUCGAAAUUUCUACGGUUAUGGUUGUCAGCCCUGUAUCUGUUCUUGGGAGUUGGUCGUUGGUCCUAAAACGGAGAUCAGUAAGUGAGUCAUGCGCAGUCAUACGCUCAUGCAAGGCUCACCAAGGCUGCAUUGUGCACCCAGAACCAAAACGGUCAAUAAUAACGUCGGUGAAAAGCAACAGUCAUUUCUCGUUGUUCUUGCUACACGGUGAAUUAACGGAUCGGCGGUUAGCUGUCGAUCGAAUGAUAUUGUUUAGAAAGAUAACACACGGUGCUGGCCAUUUUCAAUAAAAUGAGCGACGAAGAACAAAGCUGCGAACAAGUUGAAGAUGAUCCAACGAAUUCCCGACUAUCUUUAUUGGACCUUCCAGUCGAGGUAUUUCUUUACAUCUGCUCUUUUCUAGAUGCAUCCACCAUGGUACAUGCUUUAAGCUUAGUGUGUAAACAAUUCAACGAGGUUUUAAGAGAUGACUCUAUGUGGAAAGAGAGAAUUAGCCACAUGUGUCUGCAUACGGAUUACCCAAUUUUGCCUCCUGCUGAAGAUGAUAAGCUGUUUUGGAAGUUAUCGUGCGUUGCACUAGAGAAACAAAUAUCGCUAUGGAGAAAAGAAGAGUCCAUAGAAGGUUCUAUGGAGAGAUUAUCACUUAACAAUAUACAUUUCAGUACUAUCGAUGGAUUACACUUAAUGCAUAAUGGAAAUAUUUGUAUUUCUGGAGCAAGGAACCGAUCCUUAGUAUGUUGGAAGCUUCCCAACGAAGAGAAUGAGAAAGAGAAUGUUACGCAUAUAAACUUUGCCCACGAUGGAUGGAUUUGGGACAUAACAUCGAUAGACAACACAGUCUAUAGCUGCAGUUGGGACAAAACUGUUAAAGCAUGGACGCUUACCGACACUGGUCUUGUCCACUUCAAAACUUAUGACAUGUCCAUCGACUGUGCUGUGCUGUCCGUGGCAUCCUGUCCGGAGCUGGCUUUGUUCGCUACAGGUUCAUUUUGCAAAACCGUUUCGGUGUAUGACACUAGAUCAGGAGCAACUCCAAUUGUAAUGUACAAACCGCAUCGAGGACCUGUUAUUAGACUGAUCAUGAAUUCCCAGUUCAUCGUGUCGGCAAGCGAAGACAAAACAGUAUACAUAUGGGAUCAUAGAACGAGAAAGUUUAUCAACGAUUUUACUAUCACCGAAUCAUUCCCUAUGUGCAUAUGUAUGCAGAGAGACAUCAUUUAUGUAGGCGACAGUACCGCGAAGUUGUACGUAUUAGAUCCGAACGAAAAUUUUAAUGCAGUCAAGACUUAUCCUACCGAACAUAAAAAAGCCAUCACUGGUAUACAUGUUGCGCCAGGAUGUUUAAUAACCAGUUCCACGGAUAAAACUGUCAGGAUAACCACUCCUACAGAUCCUCCGCAACACCUCGCCACUCUGGAAUCGAAUUACGGCGGAAUAGCUAGUAGCGAUUACUUAAAUGACGUCCUAGCCGUAUCUGGUACAGGAGGAAUUGAAAUUUGGAGACCCAGAUCACGUUCUCAUACGUCAUAUCAAAGAGAAAAUGAGUGCGAUCUCGACCGAGGUUUCGUAGGCUCCAAUUGCAACAAAUACGAUCCAGUCUGAAUUGCGUCGUUCUUUUUGACGAAAAGUGGAAGGAAAUUGAAAAAAUAAUAAUAAGGUCGUAAUACCUAAACCUAAAAAAAAGAAACUGAAGUACUCCAGCCACUUGUAGAACAUUUUUGGCAUGGCAACGAUGCACGUGUUGCAACGAUUUCGUAAUGCAGAAUUCGUGAUGAUGAGAUUGUGGUAUCGAUGUUCCGGAAGGGAUAUCUAACAAGACAAAAAUAACACAUUGAAAAAUAUGAAGACGAGUGUGCAUGUAAAAUAUACAAUGAGGUAUCAUCAUGUAGCAUCUAAUUGAAUAUUGUUUCGAAAAGCGCUACAAUAUAAUGAAUAAAAGAAAACUGUACUUUCCAUUUGAAACAAGCUAACUUAAAAUCUCCCCUGCUACCUCAUUCGCUGAAAGAAAUAUUUAUAUCAUCUCAUGUCCACCUUUGUACCGAACGACUUUUGUAAAAACAUCUUUUUUAAUACUUUCAUUUACUUCUGAGAUAUUUUAGCGAGUCCGCGUUAAAUUAGUCAGAAUUUGUAUUAGAUCAAUGAUGUGUACGCGUAUUCCACUGCUUUCUAAUAAAAAUGAUUGAAAAAUUAA